UGAUAGCUUUUCAAAAAAUACCAUAACAAAUUCCAAGGUCUUGUAUUAAAGUCACAGUUUUAUUUUGAAAUAUAAAGUUGAUAUGAAGAUAAGUGAUGUCCAUAACCGUAUACGGCAUGACCAACUAAAUCCGAGUGAUAAAUCAUUUUCUUUGUCUGUAGAAGCUAUUUUAGUCUCUAUGAAUUUGGGUUCUACUGGGUGUGCUGCAUUUUUAAAAGUUUAUCAAAAGAAAUGGAAGGAUGCAAACCGAGGAAACAUAAAGUUUGAGAGUAAAAAUAAAAAUUCGUUGACUCUGGACUUUAAAUCUACAUACAGUAAUAAUAUAUCUAAGCCUGAUAAUUCUAGUCAAUUACAUAAGAUUGGUGGAAGACCAAGUUGUUCCUUUAAAGAUACUUCUGACGAAACCAAAAGGAGAAGACUUAAUGAUAUUAUAAAUAAUUUUUUUAGUGAUGAGUUGCUCCACUCAGCAAGGCUUAAAUUAAGAAAUGAGUAUAAUUAUGAGGCUGCCAAGCAAGUUGCUGAGAUAUCAGAACCUUCUAGUCAAUUUAAAAAGUAUACACCUAGUGAAGGUCUGGCAUUAACUAUUGAUGGUGGCAUGUCAAAAUCAACCUAUUAA